UAUUAUUGAAAAUACUGAAAUUUCAAUUGAGUUUUGACUUAUCUAUGGUUUUGACAUUAUUUGACAUUUGACAUUGACAAAAUCUUUGUUUUUGUAAAAUUAGAGGGAACAAUGAUUUAACAAAAUAAUUAUAUAAUACAGAUAUGUCGGAGAUUGAUAGCAUACAAGAGGAAGAACGGGAAGUACUGUCAUCUAUAUACGACGGGGACGAAUGCUUCAAACAAAUAUCACCAUGUACUUUCCAAUACAAGUAUGGAGAGAGCGACACCUUAAAGUCUUUUCUUGUGGAGAUAAAAUGGGGACCUCGGUAUCCAGAAGAGUUACCAGAAAUAAAUAUGGAACUAUUUUAUAAUAAGCAUAUAAUAGCACCCUUAAAAGAAAAAAUUACCAAUCUAGUCGAAAGUGAAGCAGAACAGUUUAUUGGUAUGUCGAUGACAUACUCCCUUUUUGAGUUCUUAAAGGAAAAAUUUGAGGAACUAAUACAGACACAGCCAGAACAAACGGUCGAAUUAGAUAUGAACAAAUUGUGCAUUUCAGAGGAAGAACCCACUCAAGGUAUAAAAAAGGAGAAAAAGGAACAAUUAACCAAAGCUCAAAAACGGAGACAAUGGAAUCGAUUAGAUAGCAAAGGAGAAAAACCUCGAGGCUGGAAUUGGGUAGACCUAGUAAAACAUUUGUCUCAGACAGGAUCGAAAGAAGAAACAAAUCCUGUUUCAUAAUUUUUAUUUUUAUAUAACCUAAAAAAAUACCAUAAAUCCAGCUAUUUUAUUAAGAAA